AUGUUGAGAUACUUAUAUUUGAUCUUUGCCCAUUUGAAAUGGGCUCUGAAUUUCUUGCUUCACAAUUCUUUCUUUCAAAACCAACAUUUUGGCAUGCCAGAAAGUGGUGAAGUGCUAUGCCUAGACAAGUAUGAGUUCAAUCCAGCUCCGGGGUGCACGGAAUCAAUAGAAUGUGCUGUCUGUUUAUGCAAGAUUGAAGAAGGAGAAGAGAUUAGAGAAUUGAGAUGUGACCAUCUCUUCCACAGAGCUUGCUUAGACAGAUGGGCUGGAUUUGGACGAGCUACUUGUCCCCUUUGUCGUGAUUUCCUAGGUCCUCGUAGAGCUAUCACAGAGCUUGGGAUGGAAGUGCUAGUCUUCAAGUAUUGUUCUUUCGCUUCAAGCGACCGUGAUACAUGGUGGUUACGGUAA